CUGCAGCCAAAUGAGAAUCAGUCCAGCGUUGGUCGCCGGCGAGGGCGCAUCUGACAACCCUGUGACAACAGAUACGGGGACGCUCGAGGACAUUUGGGGGAAACGGUCGGCAACAUCCGUUGGUUCGUGAUAACCAUCAUCGAUCCCGUGCGGAUCGCAGAAGGAUGUUAACCGUGGUCUCAGCGUCACGGUGCUGACAGUCAGACGCGCUCUGAGAAUCGGCGGGGAUCGGACGGCGGCGCGGAAAAGCUCGGUUAUCGGGGAACUCGGUCGAAUGAGCUGGCUCACCGACAGACGGACGCGUCCGUGAGCCGUGCGACUCGACUUUUCUCGUGUAUACCCAUCGCGACUCCACUCCACUUGGUGCGGUCUGUUGCUUCUCUCGAAUUCGAAGGGGGGGGAGGAAGGAGAGAAUAUUCAUCGGUAGGUAAAGGCGUGAAGGGUCGGGUGAGAGGAAAAGGGGGUUGGAAAGAAGAAAGGAGUUGUUGAGUGAAAAUCGAGCCGAGCUAAAAGGGAGAACGAGUACAACGAGUUGAGUGAAUAAGAGAGGAGAAGAGAUGUCCUCGAUGCCCAACGAUGCCGCACGAAGGCAUUACCGAGGCGAAGCUGCUUAGUGCGUGCAAGGUGUACGCGCGGGGACACGCCGCAGGUGCACGGAGGCUGUCACGUGCCCCUGAUAGAGCGAAAACGAUGCCAUUGCCGUGCUCGAGGCACGUACGUUCAGGCGGACCCUGAGAGAAAACUGAAGGCCUCCUGACGGUCGCAAUCUCAUUCGCGUAAACGUAAAUAAAUCUCAGUGCCUACGCAAACACGGGAUCCAGCUGCUACCGUUCCUGUUCGCAGCGUUUGCAGCCACGUGCGAGGACAACCGAAUAGUGAGGAGGUGGAGGAGGCGGAGAAGAAGCCGGUGGUGGCGGAGGUGGUGGUGAUCGAGGAAGGAGCGAGCUGCUCCGAUUCCUCUCUCGUGCAAACAUGAGACGUUGGACUCUCAUGGCGGCUAUAGCCCUGGCUGCAUCGGGGCUGGUAAACGGCGGUUCUCACGAGAAACGGCUGCUAAACGACCUGCUGGAUACAUACAACGUGCUGGAGCGUCCGGUUGGCAAUGAGUCCGAGCCCCUCGUGUUGAGCUUUGGCCUUACACUAAUGCAAAUAAUCGACGUUGACGAAAAGAACCAAUUGCUCAUCACGAAUCUCUGGUUAAAAUUGGAAUGGAACGAUGUGAACAUGAGAUGGAAUGUGUCAGAUUAUGGGGGAGUGAGAGACCUCAGGAUCCCACCACACAGACUUUGGAAGCCUGACGUUCUCAUGUAUAACAGCGCGGACGAAGGGUUCGACGGCACUUAUCCGACGAACGUCGUUGUGAAGAACAAUGGGACCUGCUUAUACGUGCCGCCCGGCAUAUUCAAGAGCACUUGCAAGAUAGACAUUACCUGGUUCCCCUUUGACGAUCAACGCUGCGAGAUGAAAUUCGGCUCCUGGACGUACGACGGCUUUCAGUUGGACCUGCAACUGCAAGACGAAGCGGGAGGUGACAUCAGCAGUUUCAUCACUAACGGCGAGUGGGAUCUGUUGGGGGUGCCUGGUAAAAGAAACGAAAUUUAUUACAAUUGCUGCCCAGAACCGUAUAUAGAUAUAACGUUCGUGGUGAUCAUCAGAAGGCGGACUCUUUACUAUUUCUUCAACCUGAUCGUGCCGUGUGUCCUGAUUGCCAGCAUGGCCGUUCUGGGAUUCACCUUGCCACCCGAUUCCGGCGAGAAGCUAUCUCUAGGGGUAACCAUCCUCUUGUCCCUCACUGUGUUCCUGAAUAUGGUGGCCGAGACAAUGCCAGCGACUUCGGACGCCGUGCCUCUGCUGGGGACGUACUUCAACUGUAUUAUGUUUAUGGUGGCCAGCAGUGUUGUCAGCACCAUUCUUAUUUUAAAUUAUCAUCAUCGGAAUGCUGACACUCACGAAAUGUCUGAAUGGGUGAAAGUGGUAUUCCUUUAUUGGCUGCCUUGUAUACUUCGUAUGUCACGACCAAGUGAUAAGGAGGAGAGGGAGGCGCAAAAAUCUCAAAAACCGUCUCCAGUCACCGGUAAUUUAGUGACACGAAAAAGCAUCGACACAAGCGCUAGCAAGAGUCACGGUGACCUGGAGCUUCGUCAAAGGAGCAGCAAAUCCCUCCUAGCGAAUGUCCUGGACCUCGAGGACAACGCUCUGGCGUCCCACAAUAAUCUGUUGAACAACGUGUACAGCACCCCUGGCCCCCACCAUCACACGAUGGGCCACGGGCACAGUCACAUACACGCGACCCCCCAUCAUCAUCACAGCCACGCUGCAACGCCGCAUCAUCAACACUCGACGCCACUGGCACACUCCUCUUAUCCGGCAGCGAUUCAGAUUGGUCACACGCCGCAUCAUCAUCCGCAUCCGCCAGAGACGCCUGGCCCUCAGGUCGAAACGAUACUUCAAAACGCGUGUUUCUGCGCCCGAAACGAGCUCAUGAUGAUCCUCAAAGAGAUUAAGAUAAUCACGGAUCAGCUGAAAAGCGAGGAGUUGAACACGAAGGUGACGAACGACUGGAAGUUCGCGGCGAUGGUGAUCGACAGAAUGUGCCUAAUCAUUUUUACUCUGUUCACCAUCAUCGCAACCAUCACCGUCCUACUGUCGGCGCCACACAUCAUCGUCACGUGAUUCAGAUAUGCUCAGACGACCGGCUCGACCGAGUCGGUGGUCGACGAGGAUCGUGUGUUGCGCAUCGGUGCGGACGGCGAGGGACGCGAACAGGACAGAGACGAUUACGAUGACGAUUACGAUUACCACGACAGUAGUAGCCACGUAUGGAUCCAAGUUAGGGAAAUUCGAGCAACGUUCAUAACCUGGAUGUCUCUCCUACGCUUAGACACGCAGCUGAUCGGGGUGUCUCAAGCCUCGGGAUCGUGUGUUACGCCUCGUUUCGGGUGAUCCGCACCGUGAAUAUAGGAAGAAAACGGAUGCGAGGACACUAGGCUCUUCGUGUCUUCUUUAUGAUAUACAUACUAUACAUACAUACAUACAUAUAUAUAUAUAUAUAUAUAUAUAUAUUAUAAAUAAUAUACAUAAAGAUAAGAGAUAUGUAUAUAUCUCGUCAUGUAGUUCAUUCGAAGAGGACGCCUUAGCGAGACACGUUGAAAAAUGCGCCUACAUAACAGGCGCGUUAAAAAAGGAAACACUGACACACGCAUACACGCAUAUACACGCAUGCAGACCACGCCGAGGUAUCUGCAUCCCUGGCAUUCGUUGUGAUGAGUGAUAGGAAGAAUUCCUCUCUCUCUCGUUGAUUUUUCACUGAAGGAUAAAUUUUAUUGUGAUUUUAUUGUGAAGUUGUACAUGUAAUUUUUAAGUGUUAAGGAUAUUGAGUUUUGAUGGUCGAAAUUCUUUGUAAUUCUAAACUCUUGUUCAAUAGGAGGCAUAUGAAUUUAUUUUUAUUCAAUUUGUAUAGCGAUUUUAAUUGAUUUGGUUGAUUUGAUGUGAUGAAAGUGUUUGAACAAGUUGGAAGGAAGUUGCAAAAUUGAUCAAGAUUUUACUUCUUGGUAAAAUAAAUAUUAAUUUCUUAAAGGAAAAGAGAAAAACCACGUUAAAAAUUUCGGAUUCGAUUAUCCAUCCAGUUAUUUUUACCCUAUUCUUGUUUUCCUUUAUGAAAUGCCAACAAGUUUGAUCCAUAUACUAUAAUAAAUUAAAUUUUUACAAAUCAAAUAUAAUCUCGCCCUUGAAAUUAACCGUUUUUUAUUGGUUAAAAACUGCCCCCUAGAAUAGAAUAACAACUAAAAAAAAAAAAGCAAAGGAUCGUCUCGUCUUCGAAAUUCGAAUUUCAACAAACGUUGCACGGGAUGCAAAUAAAUCUGCGUAUACACGUGUAAAAAAAAAAAACACGUGUAUAUAUAUAUAUAUAUAUAUAUAUAUAUAUAUAUAUAUAUAUAUACACACACACACACACACACACGAACACGCGCAUACACACGCAUACAUACGCAAGAGACAGAGCAUAGAGCACCGAGGACCGUCGAAGCGUUUGAAUUUGUUAAAGAAUAAAUCGAGUUUACGGGUACGACCAUCGAAACGAUUUUUCGUUUUGAUUUUGGGUACCUAUCGUGCCAGCCAGAGAAAAAACGAGAUAGAUAAAGAGAGAGAGAGAGAGAGAAAUAUAUAAAUAUAUAUAUAUAUUAUAUUAUAUUAUAUAUAUUAUAUUAUUAUAUAUAUAUAUAUAUAUAUAUACAAACGAGAAAGAGAGAAGCUGAAGAAGGGUUGCACUGCUCCUUUUAUUGUGCUUAUAAAAUAGGGAAAGAUAAAGAGAGAAAAGGAAUACAAAGGAAAUAGAAAAAAAAAAAGAAAGAGAGCGAGAAACAGACAGAAAGAGAGAACACACAGAUUAAGAGCAAAGCGCACACAGUUAAUAAUUCUGAAAAACUGAAAAAAAGCAACAAAAAAAAAUAAAUAAAAUAAAAUAAAAUAAUAAAGAGAAUAAUAAGUAAAGAAAUAAUAAACUACACACAAUGAACUGCCAAGAUGUUUCAAAACAAUGCCAGUGAAUUUUAUUAUCCGUAUCACUAGUAAGUAAAUAAUCGACGACAACUUAAAUAAAAAACGGGGGAUUUAUACUACGAUUAUUAAGGUGGCGUGCGACAGCGCGGCGUAAAUAAACAAAUGAAAACACACAAAAAAAAAAAAUAAAUAAAAUAAUAAUGUUCUUUGUUAGCUCGUAAGAGAAAUCCGGCGUAAGCAAACGGGAGAGAAAGAGAGAGAGAGAAAGGGAGAGAGAGAAAGUAAGAAAGUGAGUUAGAGAGAAAAUGAGAGAGAGAGAAUGAUGACGCGGGUAAUGGAUGGGACUCGAAAAGUAUGGGAUGAGACGAUGAUGACGAUUGACUUGGCGCAAACAUCUUUCUUCGUUCUUUUUUUUUUUUUUUUUUCUCUCUCUUCUUGUUUUUACUUUCCCUUCUAUCGGCGGACAAUCGUUUGUUAUUGUCCCUCUGUACACAGCUUGCACACACUGUACACUGUACUCUCUCUCACAUCUACACUAGUAGGAUGCAUUCUAUCUACACACGAUACACACGAGACUAGCAUACAUACCUAUAUAUAUAUAUAUACGUUCACAAAAAAGGAAAAAGAAAAAAAAAAAAAAGAAAAAGAAACUUUUUCGAUCUAAUGUAUCCAAGGAGGCAGGCUUCCGCAUCCUCGAGAUCCUCGACUUGAAUUUCCGGUUGACUAUUUGUAUACGUACGAAAUGGCGUCUUCUUCAACGGAUCGGAUCAACGGGACACGAUUUUCGAAAGCGACUCGAACCUGUUAAUGUAUAUUUACUUUUUUAAAUCGAGUCGCCCUCGAAUCUCGAAGAUGGUCCUCGAUGGUCCGAUUCUCGCUGCUUUACUUCUUUACUUCUUCGAUAACGGAUCGAUUUCGCUUGCCUCGAUUCAUGAUCCACUCGACACACAUACACACAUAUACAUAUACACACCGAGAUCUCGAGCGAUCGCCGAUGCCUGAUCCUUGAAUAAUCUCUUGCUCUUCGACCGCACGCUACUCGCCAAAACUAAAUGGCCAAACCAUUUGCAGUUCGUCUGUGAAAGUACCCAUACGUCGGAUUAUCCGUCAACGGACGCGCGUCUGUUCCGAUUGGUUUUUUUUUUUCCCCGCUGCAAAGCGGAAUCCCUUUCCUGCGAGAGAUAAUAGGAAAGGAGAGAGAGAGAAAAAUUCGAAGAGAUUCGAUCGUUGAAGAUUGAGUAUGGAUGAAUAUGAAACAGGAUCUUUCGUUCGAAAUAUAACAAUUAUCGAUACGAUGAUUAAGUCGUAACGUUGCAUUGGCUUAAUUGAAAAUUUAGGAAAAUUAGCAUCGCGCUGAAUGAAUUUUUAUCGUCGCGCUUUAAUUUAAUUUCGUAGCGUAAUUUUGUCUCGAGGGGUGCGAAUAUGUGUUUCGAGAGUAAAAUUUUCGAGAAUUUGUUUUAAUGGAUAUUGUUGAGAAUGGUAAAAAAAUUACUCUCGAGAGUUGAUGAUGAACAUCGAGAGAAAGGGAGAUGAUCGAAUUGUUUUUUUUGAAAGUAUUAAUUUUUUAACCGAUAGAUAUUUCGUUGAAAUCGUUGAGAGUAAUUUUUCUACAAACUCUUGAGAACUAUUUUCAUGCUCAUUUCAAUGUCCAUUAAAAAAAAAUAAAAGAAACAUAUUUAUAUGUAACUGCGAAAGAAAAAAAUUCUAGAGAAUUCUCUCGAGAGCUUUACUACAUUAGAAUUUUAAUAUUCGCACUCGAGGAUAAGAUAAAGGAAAAAACGACACCGCCAGGCUUGACGUAUCAUCGAAGAAACGAAGCUAUUAUAAUCGUAGAGGUUAGGUUAGGUAAGAGCGUUCGUCGUUCAUCUGUCGUGGGCGUCUCGUCGAAUUUCCCUUCAUUUGCCACGAGUCUAGGCGCAGAGGAAACAUUUUAGUCAAUAUAUACACGAAUAAUAUAUACGAAUGCUCAGUAUUUCAUACGAUGUACCAUUUAAUACCAUUUCGACUCGUGGCCCUUGAUCCGAGAUUCGGACGCUUUAUCGCAGGUUGAUGUCGGCGGGAAAUAGGAUUUCCUUUGCGAGCUUUUAAGAAUCAUCGAGUAACGUUAGCUUUCGUAUGCUGUACUUCGUUAAUUUUGACGACUGUUUGCUUCAUCUCGUUUCGAAUUGGAAGUUGCAUUGAAACAACGUUGAUAACGAUACUAUGGUAAUUUUGUAUCGUCGUUUCAAUAUAUGUUUCCUCGUUUGUGUUUCCUGUACUUUUGAUAAAAAUAUUCUUUAAAUUAUUUCUCUAUGUAUUUAUUUAUUUGAGUAGUUACUUGAAUACUUGGCGCCAUCUGUUAUCAAGAAAAUCAAUUAGAUUUUACAAAAUAUAAAAAUAAGAUUAAGAGGAACUUAAUUUAGUUGUUAUAAAAAUCGAAAUAUAAACAAGUUUCUUUCUUUUGGGAAAUUUUGAAUUAAAUUACUGAAUAAUAAGAUAUUAAAAAUUACUUUGCUAUGUUGAAACUAUUUCAUAUAAGAUUAUGAGAGAUGUAUAAAUCAUGGAUAUGAUCCAAAAUAUUUAAGAUAACAAAUAUAAACAAGUUCCUUUCUUUUGGGAAAUUUUGAAUUAAAUUACUGAAUAAUAAGAUAUUAAGAAUUACUUUGCUAUGCUGAAACUAUUUCAUAUAAGAUUAUAAGAGAUGUACAAAUCAUGGAUAUGAUCCAAAAUAUUUAAGAUAAUAAAUAUAAACAAGUUUCUUUCUUUUGGGAAAUUUUGAACUAAAUUUUGAACUAAUAACUGAAUAAUAAGAUAUUAAGAAUUACUUUGUUGUGUUGAAACUAUUUCAUAUAAGAUUAUAAAAGAUGUAUAAAUCAUGGAUAUGAUCCAAAAUAUUUAAGAUAACAAAAAUGAACAAGUUUCUUUCUUUUGGGAAAUUUUGAACUAAAUUACUGAAUAAUAAGAUAUUAAGAAUUACUUUACUGUGUUGAAACUAUUUCAUAUAAGAUUAUAAGAGAUGUAUAAAUCAUGGAUAUGAUCCAAAAAGAUAUUUAAAAUAACAAAUGGCGCUUAUCUUUUUGAAUAAGUGCUGUUCUCUCUUUAAAAUCUUUUUGAAAUUUGAAACUUCUUGGUCUUCAACAAGAUCUAAUCUUGGCCUAGAGUUUUAUGUUAUAUUUGCAAUUAUACAAAAUUCUUGAGAAAUAAUAUUCAACUCAUCUUUCAAUAUCUCUUACAAAAUCUCUUUCAUAAAUUUAAUUCCUCUCUAUCGUUCGCUGUUGUUUCAAUGUAACAUAAUUCCAAUUAUGUCUAUUAUCGACUAGCUACACGCGCAACCAAGUUUCCAACACUUGCGAUCGCCCUAAAAGCGAUGCACACGAGAACCAUAUCUCUUUGGAACAAGAUUAAUCGCAAUUUUCCCAAGUGUUUAACACGAGCACAAAGCACGUCGAAGACCUAAAUCUUGACUCCCCUUAGAGCAGAAUAAUUUAUUCCUCUCGCGAAUGAUGAAACGUAAAACGAAAAAAAAAAAAAAAAAAAAAGAAAGAAAGGAAAAGAAGCUCGAAAAGAAAAAUAAGCGAAACGCCGCAAUCUCUGCGUUUGAACAAAUAUACUCGACAAUUAAAUUGAAAAAAAAAAAAAAAAUUAACGCGAGUGAAGGAAGAAAGAAAGAAAGAAAGAAAGAAAGAAAUAAGAAGCAGAAAAAGAGAAAAGAAACAUCGGAAUCUCGUUAACGGAUAGUCUCACAGGCGGAUUUUGUUGAAAAUGUGUACAAUAAAAAAGAAAAAAAAGAAAAAAGCUAUAAGCACGUUUUGGCCAUUGGCAUUGACGCGACAACCAAUCACGUUAUCUUUUAAAAAUAUUAUUAUAAUGGUUAAAGAAUAAUAAUUAAAAAAAAAAAAUUGUUAAUGAUGUUAAAGGAGCGGUUUAAAAUGCAAAAAAAAAAAAAAGUAAAUAACACGUAGAGGAUAUAAACUUGUAAUCGAUUGGUGGGAAUAAACCAUUCUCGAUCUUUAAAUCAGCUAAUUAAUUAAUUAAAAUAAUUAAAGAAAAAAAAAAUAUAUAUAUAAAGCACUUAAUGGUUCGCGCCGGAACGGUAGCAUACAAAGUAUUACAAAGUAGGGAAAGAGAUAAAUGAAAAAUGUUUAAAAAAAACGCGGUUAUCUCGCGUGAGUGUCGUUAGAAAAAAAAAAAAAA